AUGGAGGUGAAGAGGGAUGAAGGAGGAGGGCCGUGGUCUUCGUCCCCUGCCUGCUGCAGGAGCACCCUCAUAGCCUUGCUCCUCUUCUUCCUCGUUAUUGGAGUCUUUGUAGGCCUGCUUAUUGGAUACCUGGUGCAGGAGCAGCAUUACUUUAUGGAGACAGUGGAGCUGAGGGGCCUGAAGUAUGAUCCUGUUUUGCAGGAUGAGAACUCUAGUUUCUCCAUAGUACUGUCCUCAGUUCUAAAGUCUAAGAUUAAAAAUGUCUUCACUGCCUCGUCAAUAUCACAUCACUAUGUUGACUGUAGUAUUGUUGCCUUUGGUAACAUUAACGGUGGCGUGAUGGUGACUUUCAGACUGGUCUUCAGGGUCUCAAAGGCCCAGCAGUAUUCAGACAAAUUCGUUCAGGACUUGCUGAGAGCAGGGCUCAGCUCAGUAAUGCACGGGAAACCGCUAGAAUUGCCAGAAUUUGGACAGAUCGACACUAUCAUCUUACUGGGUGCCAGUGGGAAGUCAUUUUAUGCUAUUGGAGAUGAGAUGAUUGCCAGGUGUCCUGACAACACUUUCACUUGUGACAAUGGAGAAUGUGUCACCAAAUUAAAUCCAGAGUGUGACUUCAUCCCUGACUGUGCAGAUGGAUCUGAUGAAGCUCGUUGUGCCUGCGGUACACGUCCAGCUAUGGGGAGUCGGGUGGUGGGCGGUGAGGAUGCUCGGCAGGGGGAGCUGCCAUGGCAGGUCAGUCUGAGGCUCUUUGGACACCACACCUGUGGAGCCUCCAUCAUCAGCGAGCGCUGGCUGGUCAGUGCAGCACACUGCUUUGAGAGGGACAAUGACCCCAGAGAUUGGACGGCCUUGGUAGGGGCCAGCCUGGUUAGCGGUGAGGAGUCAGAGUCCAAGACAAUUAAUAUCAAGACACUGGUUGUGUCUCCGGACUACAACCCCAUGACCACUGACAAUGAUGUAACUGUGCUGGAGCUGGAGACCCCUCUCACCUACAGCUCUUUCAUCCAGCCUGUCUGCUUGCCCUCUCCAUCUCACGUCUUUGCUCCAGGCCAGAGCUGCGUGGUGUCUGGGUGGGGUGCAUUAAACCAGUUUAACGCUGAGGUGCCUCCGACGCUGCAGAAGGCGGUGGUGAAAAUCAUCGACUCCAAGGUAUGCAAUAAGUCGUCUGUGUACAGGGGAUCCAUAACUCACAACAUGAUGUGUGCCGGAUUCCUGCAGGGCAAGGUGGACUCGUGUCAGGGUGACUCUGGAGGGCCCCUGGUGUGUGAGGGGCAACCGGGGCGGUUCUUCCUGGCUGGGGUGGUGAGCUGGGGUGUGGGCUGUGCCCAGAUCAACCGGCCUGGGGUUUAUUCCCGUGUUACCAGGCUCCUCAACUGGAUUCUAAGCCACACAAAUCCCAGCUUGGUCCAUUAUUACUCCCAGUAUGUUUCCUCAAUGCCAGUUACUGUGACAGAACUGAGCUUUAAUCAACCGCCAGUACCCGCGACCAUAGCCAUGGACCCACCUUUUCCAUCAUGUCUUCCAGUCUUGAACUGCAGUGGAAACUUCCAGUGUAGCGCCACCUCCUGCAUCAGCAAGGUAAACCCAGAGUGUGAUGGAAUCCCUGACUGCCCCAACCAGGCAGAUGAGAGAAACUGUGACUGUGGUGUGCGUCCUGCGUUGGGCCCCCACAGGAUCGUGGGGGGAGUAACCGCUCGAAGAGGGGAGUGGCCUUGGAUUGGUAGUCUACAGCACCAGAGACUUCACCGCUGUGGCGCCACACUCAUUCAUUACAAAUGGUUACUGACUGCAGCACACUGCUUCAAAAGUGAUCCUAGCCCCACCAACUGGGCUGUGAGCCUGGGAUCUGUGCUGCGCUCUGGGGUAGGAGCCCUGGUCAUCCCCAUCCAGAGGGUCAUCAUUCACCCAGCUUUCAAUGGCACCAACAUGGACCAUGACGUGGCUCUGUUGGAACUGGCGGUCCCGGCCCCCGUCUCCUAUACCAUCCAGUCUGUCUGUCUCCCCUCACCGGUGCACCACUUCCUUAAGGAUGCAGAGUGCUACAUCACAGGCUGGGGAUCCAUGAGGGAAGGAGGUUCAUUGACCAACCUGCUGCAGAAAGCUGCAGUGAACAUCAUUGACCAGGCAGACUGCCAGCAGUCUUACGGGAACGUGCUGACUCCUAACAUGAUGUGUGCUGGUUACAUGGAGGGAGGCAGGGACACCUGUUUGGGAGACUCUGGAGGGCCACUGACUUGUCGUCAGCGCUCUGGCCAGUGGUUUAUUGCUGGAGUGACCAGCUGGGGACAUGGAUGUGGGCGAAUAGGUUUUCCAGGGGUUUACACUCGAGUGACAUCUGUCAGGAAAUGGAUAUCUACAUACCUGCCUUACUGA